AUGACUACACUACCGAAGCUCAUGAAGGUCUCGCUUACCUGGGGUAUGGACUCGCUUGGCGCCACUGAGGCGGAAAAGACUAUGCUUGAAAGGCACUUCGAGUACUACAAAGACAGGCCUGGCAAGAGGAUGAUCGAAUCAAUUGCUAGACUUCUGGUGCUCCACCCACCAGUCCAUCCUCCGAUGGUUCUUCACUCUUCGAUGGCGUUUGACACUUCUGAGUCCGGACGAGGAGACUGGUUACCCUUUCCGGGUGGGCAUGUUUUCUCUGCGAACCAGAACAUUACCGUGGAUGAGUAUCUCGAAGAAGGAGUGGAAGAAGGCAGUGUUCAUCCCUUUGGUAUGGACGCGCUGAUCUUAUGUAUUAUCACGCCCAACGUCGAUGUCACUCCUGCUUCGCUCAAAUUUCACCACAAGACAUUUGAGCUCAUCCAGCAGAAUCUACCCGCUCUAUAUCUCGCACCUGCCCGGUUAGUCGCCCUACAAGUCGCUUUGGCAUGGGGUCUUUUGAACCCAAUCAUUCCGUUUUCCCAUGAUCCGGUCCCCGUUCAACCACCGUCUCAGCUGCCAUCGAGCACAGCCCCAACCAACAACAUGAUGUUAUUCGAGACCUCCGAAGAGAGGUUUACUUUGCGCUGGCAAAGAACAGUCAUGAGUUACAAAGACGACUUGCAUGUUUAUGUCUGGCAACCUCAUCUCCGUUCCGGACCCCGAAUCCAUUACUCUGCUACAGUGGUCUCGCCACGUGUUACGCAAUGCGUUCCCUUACAUCGUCGCUUGAUCAUAUGUGUCGAACCAACGUGUCUUUCAAGUCGUCUCGCCGCUCGCGGUCGACACACUUCUGGCGUCAGCCUCAAGACAUCGCAUCGCUGGAAUGCUACGCACGAAGUUUUCGACAUAGUCAUGGAUCUUUUCGCAGUGAUGGCUGGAGACACUCAUCUCUUCUUGACGGAAUUGCAGAGGAAGUGUCGCAAAACAGUAGACGCAUACCCACAAGCAGUAAGAUACAGUAUCUGGUACAUCUCGAUGACUGUCGCAUUCUGGGCGAUCAAGCGAGCCAUUGAGGAUACGCAAACUGAUCUCCAAUACUUGAGAGAAGAGCUUGUCUUGCUAGAGAAGAUCAUAUCCACUGGCAAAGAGCAAAUCAUGGAACAAAUGAGCCUUGCUCAGGGCCAGAGAACACUCAUACUCACUGUGGCCGCUGCUUUAUUCAUACCAAUGUCGUUCAUCGCAGCCAUCUUCGGCAUGAACGUCAGCCAACCUUUGUUCCCCGAGCUGCACCAUCCAAAAUUGCAAAACAAGACCUCGCCCUCAACCUCAUCUCUUCUUGCGGCGGUGGAGGAGGACUCUAAGGAGGCCGAGCCACCCCAGCACUUUUGGACCAUGACAUUGUUCUUGCAGCUCGCACUGCCUCUGACCGCCGGUGUGAUUCUCGUUCCCUUGCUUAUCGGACCCAUCAUCCGGCUCCUUGUUCAGACUUCCGCGCACUAUCGACCUUAUUGGCGCAUAUGGCUGAUGCUUUUUGCAUCGAUCUUUUUAAUGGUUCUGGCCGUCCUGCUCUCACUCCGCCACGCCGAAAAGUUCGACAAGCCAGACGAGGAAGAACAUGACCCGCAUGCUGAGAAGAUCCCUAUCCCUUAUCGGGAUAUCCAAAUCGCCUACUGGGUCGCUGGAUAUGGGGUUAUCUUCGUCCUUUCGCUCUAUCUCAUCGUCGUCGCAUACGCACGCAAAUGUCACCGCACCCGCUGGACAGGCUUCCUCGUCAUAAUCUUGGUAACCGCGGCCACAGAUCCCACCAUGUUCCUGGUUUCCUUCUACUGCUGGGAUACUCAGCCAAACGUUCCCUGGGUGCUAAUUCCUUACUUGUACGCGGUGGUCUCUUGGUUCUCAUUGACGACUAGAGGACUCAAGCUUGGCGAUCAAAUGGGCAAGAUGUUGAGGAACGGUAGAAGACGAGCGAGUUUCUCGUAUUCUCGCUCUCGCGCUAGUCAGGGAAAUGGGAAUGUUGAUCUGAUCAUUGGUGGUGGUGGUCAGGUUUGA